AUGGCCACAGAGCUCGGCACCUCCAAGUCCCCGCAAAACGGACAGAAGGGCUUCGUCUCCGUCGGUUCACAGACACAGGGUGAUUCGCCUUCGAACCAGGCUCCUACUGAGGCCAAACAAAACCUCCAGAAGGAGAGUAAGGGCAAGCCGGAUGGGAUGAAGGGGGAUUCGAAGGAGGCGAGGGCCGCGGGGGGUGGUCAGAAGGCAGGAACUUCUGGUCAGAAGUGA